AUGGCUGAGGGUAACCCGAAGGCGUAUCCGCUCGCGGACGCGCAAUUGACGAUCACCAUUCUGGACAUCGUGCAACAGGCGAGCAAUUACAAGCAGCUGAAGAAGGGCGCGAACGAGGCGACGAAGACGCUGAACCGAGGGAUAUCGGAGUUCGUCGUGCUGGCGGCGGACACGGAGCCGUUGGAGAUUCUGCUGCACCUGCCGCUGUUGGCGGAGGAUAAAAACGUGCCGUACGUCUUCGUGCCGAGCAAGCAGGCGCUCGGACGCGCGUGCGGGGUGUCGAGACCGGUGAUUUCUUGCUCGGUGACCACGAACGAGGGGUCGCAGUUGAAGCAGCAGAUUCAAAACUUGAAGGAUGCCAUCGAAAAGUUGCUCAUCUAA